GCCGCUUACCCGAGUCUCCGGCGCCUUAACUGCCUCUUAACCCCCAGUCAGCCACUCACCAGUCCUCACAUCAACUCCUCACCGCUCCAGUCAAGAUGGCGGGGAAAAUGACUCUGUACAAGCUGGUGGUGCUGGGCGACGGAGGCGUUGGCAAGACGGCCCUGACCAUCCAGCUCUGCCUCAAUCACUUUGUGGAAACAUAUGACCCUACGAUCGAGGAUUCGUACCGCAAGCAGGUACAAAUCGACGGCCAGUCUUGCAUGCUCGAAGUUCUCGACACAGCCGGCCAGGAGGAAUACAUUGCACUGCGAGACCAGUGGAUACGCGAUGGCGAGGGAUUUGUCCUUGUCUACAGCAUCUCAUCACGGUCUUCAUUCGCGCGCAUACAACGUUUCCACAGUCAGAUCCAACGCGUCAAGGAGACGGCCAUGGCUGGCUCACCUACCUACCCUGGCUCUCCUAUCAGCGCAUCGGCCCCUAUUUUCGGACAGGCACCUGUUAUGCUCGUUGGCAACAAAUGCGAUCGGGUCACGGAGCGCGAGGUAUCUACACAAGAGGGCCAAGCUCUGGCAAAGGACUUGGGUUGCGACUUUGUUGAAGCAUCGGCCAAGAAUUGCGUAAACGUCGAGAAGGCCUUUUUCGAUGUUGUGAGGCAGCUUCGCCGACAACGACACCAGGGUUCUGGCCGCCAUUCGGACAGAAGCGAGAAGACGGGCAGAGCACGUGUGCCCGGCAACGAUCGCAAUCGAGGAAACGGUGGUGAUCGCGGAGCUAACAGUGGCCGGACUACCAAGCGCAAGGAUAAGCCCAAGUGUGUUAUAUUGUGAGCAUUGGCCUCGAGAGCCACCGAGACUUGAGCAUUUGGAAUUACAGCACAACAUAACGAGCCACGACACAUAUCUCGUAACCGCCACUAUUACCCCCCAUAGAACGCCAUCUUCAUAUGGCGUCGGCAUAGGAGCGGCGUUUAGCACUGCACGCAUCAUUUGUCUCCCACUGUUUGGAUUUGCAUGAGACCCACGGCGUUUUGGAGUGUCAUGAACACCUUUUGAAAUAUCCGCGUUUUUGUGCGGAUUGCGACUACAUACGGCCAUGAUCUUGUACGACAUUGCACUGCUGAAUCAGUUAUUUCUGUCACGGACACUGUACG